UAUAAACGAAAAAGAUUUAUUUAAUGAUGAAACACGUCUACCUACAUUUAAUUAGAACUAUACAGACAAGUAAUGAGUUACGCACAGAAAAUUCUAUGAGUAUACCGUUUUAAAACCAUGUUUACCAUGGCUGUUAUAUUGGCCAAUGCACGUUUUGACCGCAAAUUGAUGGCGUUUCGUAAAGUUGUGUGAUUCAAGUUACCAAAGCUGUGUAUAACGUUAAGCAGUUGCGCAUAGGUUUUGUUGUGCCUUGUAUACACUUUUAAUUGUAAUAGAACGUGACCAGCAUUUUGUCGGAAAAUUACAGCUCAGAUCUGCAUAACUUUACUACGUCAUGGAAAAUUGUCAUGCUCACAUCCCAUGCGGUUACGUAAUGCGCUAUAUGAAGUUUACGGUUAGUUCUGGUCACGAGAUUCAGGAAAUAGUGGGCAGCGUCAAAACAAACACUUUAUACAAUUUAGAGAGUCACAAUUUAUGGAUUUUUAUCAUCUUAAUAGCAAAUUUUGCUUUUGUUUAUGCUUUUUUUUUGUUUAGACUUUAAAAAUGUUUUAAUACAGUAUUAACCAAGAAUGAAAGAAUAAAUGGAUUUAUCUGCGUAUUUACGAGGGUUCAUUUUCUGUGGCUCCCACAUUGCUUUCGCAUCAGACCUGUCGUGUAUGUAUUCUUCCGAGUGUACGGAUGAUCAGAGUUGUUGCCCGUCUUUGCAUUCGUCUACUAAUUUAAAAUUCUGUUCAAGUUCGUGCUCAAGCUCAACAAACAUAGCCACUAAUUCAGGGUACAGUUUAAGUGCCGAAGCUAUUAUUGGGAUCUCUGUGGGCACUAUAUUUAUACUCAGCUGUUUAACAAUAUGUGUCUGCCGUGGCGUUUGUCUACUUGCUAAGAGAAAUGUACCCGCCAGGCCCUACGAGCCAGCAACAGAAACUCAAUCACAAAGCCAUGGAUUUGUCAACACACAUUACACGAUCCCACCGCCGCCCGCAUACAACAACAUAUACAAAGCACCGACUAACACAGAAAAUUACCCUAUGACUCAAACAGUUGGUCAAGCUAGCACGAUGACAACGGGUCAUAAUUCAACUCUCCCAGGCAAUAAUCAACCUGUUAUAAUUAACCCUCCGCCAUAUACACAAUACUCGGGGCGUUAAGUUAUAUUGGAAUUGUUAAAUACUUUGUUCAAUAGUAUUUUUAAAUACUAAAAUAUACCCAAUGCUAAAGUAAACACUGUAAAAUUCUACACAAUCAGUCGUGUUUUGCCUAAUUUUUAAAGCAUUUUUUAAGUUUGGAAAGUGAAAAAUUCGAAUAAAUGUACAGUUUUUCUUUUUAAGACUUAAAAACAUAUAUUUGUACAUUGUCUUUACUAUAAACAACAUGCAAUUUUCGAACAUACUGCCGACUGUAAAAUCUUUAUUACCCAUACAGUAUGCAAAAAUAUAAAUAAGUUUUAGGUGUGCGAAUGUAUAUUGCAUCAGUUUAAUGAAACAGUUUCCAUCGCACUUUUACUAACAAUAGUUUAAAAUACUUAUUUUUACGACUUUCUCUUCUAAAAUAUUCUAUGCAAAUAUACAUUAAUUCCAAUAAAAAGUCUUUCUUGGGCAGACGACAAAGCAUUGCGAAUUCCCUUUGCUUAUAUAUAUGUACCAAUACAAACGAUGCCGUUUAAAUUUCCAGUAAGGAAUACAGUACACCAAUUAUAAAAGCAAGCUUUGUAGUAUGGUGGGGAAGAUGUGAUACCUUUAGCACAUAAUAUA